GGGUCAUCACUGACUUGUGAAACAUAGCAGCUGAAAAGUCACCAGCAUACACAAACACCACACUCAGGCUGCAGGACUCCAGAGGGUGAAGUCACACAGGCUGUCGGUCCUCAGGAUAUUUCAUCAGCACUCUCUUCUCCCGGUUUGCUUCGGUGGUGGCCGACUAAACUAAGCCAAGAUGAAUCUGCCUUUAUCGCUGCUUAUUUGUCUGUCGGUGGUCAGGCUGUGUGCGGGAGAUGAGCCUGUGGAGGAAGUCAUCGUGCCAAGAAAAGUGCCACUCCUGGGCGGCUGGUUUGAAAGGAGUCCGGAGUCCCAGGAGGUUCAGGCUGCAGCUCAGCACGCCGUGGACACCUUCAACACCCACUCCAAGGCCAAGAGGUUGUUCAAACUGGCAUCCGUCGUCUCUGCGCAGACUCAGGUGACCAACGGGAUCAACUAUCGGAUCAAUGCAGUGCUGAGAAAAACCAAGUGUCUUAAGGCUGAAAAUAACGACGUGAACAGUUGCACUCUGGAGAAAAAGCAUCUCAAGUGCCACUUUGAGGUGAUGUUCAACCCCCGCAACAACAAACAUGAGCUGCAGGAGCACAAGUGCAAGAAGACUGUGCCCAAAGUUUAGUUGUGCUUAUUUUUUCUUUAGGAACACUUUCUUUCAUUUUGAUACAAUAUUGAAGUGAUUUAAAAUGUUGCACAAACACAAAAAAUAUGCUUGGAAUACUGGGAUGCCACUUUAUAUUAAAUGUAAGUUAUUACACCAA